GCGCAGCUAGAAAGUUAGUUAAACCUUCGUGUUGAAAACUCCUUACCCGCGUUUAUCAUUCCCUGUGAUCUCCGAUCAUCUUAUUUUUCCGGUGGUCUACAUCCCCUAUACUAAUCUCUCGAUUUCAGAUGGCGUACAGGCAAACAAUUUCAAAGCCUUCAAUGUUAAACGAAGAGAUUCACCGUUCUAACAACGAUGAUGACACCACCACCACCACCGCCGCCGUUGCUCCGCCGUCACCAGUUGUUGCUGAAGCGAUCGGAGCAUCUGUCGCUCAUCGCGACUCGUCUGGUGACCGAUCCAAGGGUUCUGCUACCCAUGAUUAUACAUCAACGGGAAGCACAAACGAACCCAGAGGCUUUUGGGGUGUUAUAGCGAGGAAGGCUAAAUCAAUUAUCGACGAUGAUAAUGCUCCUCCUCGAAGUUUCGACACACCUAGUACUAUAAAGACAGAAACAGUCUCAACAAGCAACCAGGUUGAGCAUCGUUACGAGUCUUUUGAGCACUCCAGAAAUAUGGAUGGUCCAAAAUUGAGGAAGGGUUUGGAUAAGCUCACAUCUUCACUUAAUCAAAUUGGCGGAACGAUUGGAAAUGCUUUUGAGGUAAAUCUUGUUACAGAUUUAAAAGAUUUUGAAUCUCUGUUAAUUUUUUUUCUUGGUUCGAUUGUAUGAGGUGCGUGUUACAUUGCAACUAUGCAAAUAUUUCAUGUUUUCUGAAUGUUAUAUACAAAAAAA